AUGACGCCCGGCGGCCUCGCCCGGCGCGCCGUGGACUGGAGCCAAUGGAAGCCCGGCAUGAGCUUCCAAAUCGUCCUUCACCACCCCAUCACGGCCGAGUCGUUAGCAGACGUUGUCCCCGCCGAGGCCGCAGUCUGGGACAUUGACCUGCAACACGCAGCGGACUACGACAACAUCAUUCCCACCCUUAAGUCAGCUGGCAAGAUAGUAAUCUGCUAUUUCAACGGUGGCGCCGUCCAAGACUGGGACGAAGACCUCGACGCAUUCCCCGCCGACGUCAUCGGCUCGUCCCUCAACCCGCCUUAUACAGACGAGCGCUACCUCGACAUCCGGGACGCCCGCGUCGUGGAUCUCAUGAAGCGACGCCUUGAGCGGGCUGCCGACAUUGGCUGCGGCGGCGUGGACCCGGACAACAUUGACGCCUGGGCAGAGGACGGUGAUGACCCGACUGGCUUCGGCCUCGCGCCCUCGGACUACGCGGCCUACACAAUCUCACUCGCCGCCCACGCACACACGCUCACCACGGCUUCCUCCCGGCCCCUUCUCCCGGGCCAGAAGAAUGCGCCUGCGAUUGCGCCCGAACUUUCCUCCGUCGUCGACUUCGCCGUGCUAGAGACGUGCCUCGGCACCCGGACCACGGACGAGGUGGAGCCCUUUUGCGCGGACUUCCGGCCAUACGUUGAAGCCGGGAAGCCUGUCUUCCAGAUCGAGUACCCGACGAGCGUCCGGGACGACGCCGAGAUCGACCUGGAGGACUACAAUUAUUUCUGCGUGAACAAGAACGGUAACGAGGGGUUCAGCGAGGUAUUGAAGCACGCGAGCGAGCAGAUCGACGGAUGGGGCCAGUUCUGUGGACUGGGAAUGACCGGGGGCAUAUUCGAAACGCCAACCGUCGACGAAGAUGAGGAAUGA